AUGCUUAGGCUUUGCUUCCUCGCGGCUGUAGGCCUCGCAACUGCGCGAUCGCUUAGCAGCGUCUAUGGCUCGAGUUUACACAUUGAGCAUGGCACCGUCACCAAGGGCCAAAGCGCUGUUGAGAUGAUGUCAUCUGGCAAGCCAUUUGACGGACCGAAGGUUAUACCCAUCAACAGCACCACCUUCGACUGGUGGUACUUUGACGUCGUCGCCAAGGAUGCUUCGCAGUCCUUGACGGUUGCCUUUUACACCGCUCCGAAAACGGCCCUCGCCUUUCUUCCUGAGCUGGACACCUUGAACUUUGUCCACGUAUCUGGCGUCUUCCCCAACGGCACCAGGUUCGUGUCGAUAAUCCCAGCCCAGGAUAGCCAGGUCCGAACGGUCGGCGAUGGCUCUUCAGGUUCCUGGGAGGGCACGGGCUUCAGCUGGCAGGGAUCCCCAACUCUGGAUCAUUAUAGGAUUGCGGCCAAUAACGCCAGCCUCGGAUACAAAGGUUACAUUAAGCUGAAAUCGGUUGCUCCUGCACACUACCCCUGUGGACCGGCGACUCGGGGCCUCUCUGAGGAGGUCGUGCCUGGAGUUGGGUGGGCUAACGCAAUGCCCGAUGCUGAGGGUGAAGUCAAAUUUCAAAUUGGAGAUCACCACAUGUCGUUCACGGGCUACGGCUACCACGAUAAGAACUGGGGUUCGCGCCCAUUUUACGACAGUGUGGGCUCGUGGUAUUGGGGCCAUGCUCGCCUUGGAGAUUACUCCAUCGUUUGGUUUGACACGCUUGACACCCACGAAACCGAAUACGUGUCUGCUUAUGUUUCCAAGGCCGGGAAGGUGUUGACGCAUCAGUGCUCGGGUCUUAAGGUGCGUCCAACUGGAGACAACUCAACCUAUCCACCUGUGGUAUCGACUGGAUCACCCUCCGGAUACUCCAUUGAGAUCGCUCUGCCGAAGGGAGAAAAGCUGCUGGUCCAUAUGAACAACUUGGUCCUUGCGACUAGCAUUGGGCAGGUGUAUGAACGGUUCAUUGGUAACGUCAGCGGUACGUUAAAUGAUGUCUCCUUGGGGCAUAGUUCGGGGCUCUGGGAGCAGUUCAAUAUCAAGGAGAGCUGGGAGUGA